UAAUUGCUUUCAUUGUCAACAAUAACUGGGAGUGUUCGAAGUCAUUCUUGCAAAACUAUAUGAAGUUGAGUAAACUUUCUGUAAAAUGGAGGUCAAAGCCAGCAUUUUGUCUUUAAAUGAUGACUGUUUAUGUAAUAUAGUAGCUUUCAUAAGCGAUCGUAGUUCAUUUAAUAGCUUGGCUCGUACGUGCAAGAGACUUCAACAGUUGACCAGUAACCCAAGGAACUGCCACGUCGACAUCGUAAGGUUAAGAGCAGAGCAUUUUAUCAAACGUCUAGUCGUUCAUCUGGGCGCUAAUCAUGACAAACGUGGUUUAAGCUACGAGGCAUAUGAUGAGUUCUGCAAGUUCGAAGAAUUCUUAGCUCAAGCGUUCCAAUACUCCAGUACAAGAUGCCUGUUGACAUACGACAAGGUUGUCGACGUUUGGAUUACGAGCGGUCCCGUUGCUAGCGAAGUCUUUACGUGGGUUAGAAAUCAUAGUUUCAGCGUCUCCGAAGGAGAGCCAAGAGCCACGUGUAUGACAAAAUAUAGCAGUUUCACUGUUCAUUUACCAAGGCGAAAUCGAGAAAUGAGCGUUAAUACUACAUAUUUUCAUGACCACAUUGGUAAUUAUGAUGAUGAAUUGACUAUCGAAGUGAAAUGUGACGACCUAAAGAUCGAAUCGAAGGAUUUUUAUAGGAUAAGUCCAGAAGAUUUCAAGUACUGGAGCGAAGAAGAGAUGAAACAAGUUGUCGAAUCAAUGAAACCAGUUACAGACCUCCUUCAAGAGGAACUUGGAGAAACCAUCCCCUCCAUUCAUGGAAAUUUCCUUUUUUGGUUUCUCUACUUUUUCCCAGAGAAAAUGAGGUUCGAUGAAGAAGACAAGCUCAGCUUCAAAGAUGCUGCCAAAAAUGAAAAGCCUAGCAUUGAAUCAAUUCAACCAAUGUUAGAAUAUUUUCAGAAGAAUCUCCUUAGAGAAUUUCAGACAUCUUCUGCAAGAUGGAUGAAGGAGAAAGCCUUUCCAGAAGAAACAGAAACUUGCAAGUUUGUGAUUGAAUCACUGGAUGCAUUGGUGCAGAGAUCUGAUGCACGUUUCCUUAAAAACAUUCAAAGGUCUAUCUCUCGCAUUUUUAGAGUCAUAACAGACUAUUGCUUGAGAAAAUUACCAGAAAAACUAAUGUUAGCGUUGAUAAAGAAAACAUCAUUUGAGACAGAUAAUUUCUCUUCUGGAGCUACAGCUGACAAGUUCGUUGAUAACACUGUAUCUUUCCAGCUACCUGAAAGCAAAUUCAUCAAAGUGAAAGGAGAAAUAGAGGGUGAUGGUUAUAGCGACCCAACCUGGCAUAGGCUAAAGCUUGAAUUUCAUUUACCAGAUAAAAAGAUCCAUCUAGAUUCAGGAAAUAUUUAUGACCGCAGAUCAAGGGAGGAAAAAAAACUUGAUAUGGGAAAGCUCAGUCCAGUCACUAAGCUUUUGCAAGAGUGUAUCAACCAUAGCAUGGAAGGGGAGGAAGAGAUUCCAAAGAUAAAAGAUAUGUUCACUGCUUUAUAUUUCAUUAUCGUUUUAGAUUUUGGUAUUUUAAGAAAAGACAACUUCUUUGGAGAUUCCAUAGAUUUGUCAGACCUUCUGAUGGAAGCGGAGGAAGAUAAGCUAUCAGAUGAAUAAGCCUUUGAUGAUGAGGAUACCUGAGAAUAUAAUCAAGACAAAGAACUACAGAUAUUUUUGGAAGCUGUUUGUAGGAAGGUAUAAAUAUUCGAGUCUUGUGUAUGCAAAUUUAUUUGACUAUUAACAAUAUUAGACCUCACGCCCUCAUUCCUUAUACAAAGACACAACUGGUUUCUUGUGUAUUUGUCUUUGUGUAAUGAAUGUUCUGGUUGAGAGAUUGCAACUAUUAGUCACUAAACAGUACUAUUUGUCUAUAUCAAUUUUGUUUUUAGCUCAUGGUUUUACUGCAUGUGCUCUAAGUAAGCAUGCAACUGUUAAUAUUAGAAUCUUAAAAGAUUCUCGUGCAAACGUGAAAUUCAGUUUGACCAUUCUUUAAAAUUAGUGAAAAGGAAUCGCAAAAAUCUCCAAGUAGUAGAUAAACAAAAGAAUACUUGUCUUUGUCGAGAAGGUUUGCAAAAGGUAAAGUGAAAUGUAGGGAAAGGUUGAAAACGUGGUCAAGGAGAAUCUUAAUCUGCCUAAUAUUUUACCUAAAUAACACAACACGAUUGCACAGUACACCAUGACAGUCUAACCAAGUAUUUACCGACAAAAGCACAGUCAGAACGAUGACUUUGAGGGAAAGCCGACAUCACGAAGGGAACGAAUCAUUGGCUUGGCCAUUUCUUCGUGUUUUGUUUUUCAGUAGCUUGUAAAAUGGAGCUUUUAAAAUGUGAGCUAAGCGUAAUCAGUACACCACAACAGCUUAACCAAUUAUUUACCAACUGAGUAUUUACCAGCUUCAGAACGGGGAGCACGGGUGGCUUAGCGUUGAGAGCGCUCGCCUCUCAUCUGUGCAACCCGAUCGAGUCCCUUCCAGGCUCUGUGUCGUUGUUUGUUGGUUCUCUCCUGUGCUUCGAGGUUUUUCCGGUUCUCCGGUUUUCCUCCCAAGAUAAGUAAGGCCUCAUUAGUAAACAAAGUCUACUCAGUACGAUAUUUUGUGUCAAAAUCAUUCACCAUUACUUCAAUAGACUCUUCAAAGAACUCGAAUUGGUGAAAUGAAUGACUUUGACACGAAAUAUCGUACUGAGUAGACUUUGUUUACUAAUGAGGCCUUACUUACCUCGCUUCCAUUCAAUUGUCCCUAGUGCCAAACGUGUUUGGCGGCCAUUUUUGAAAGUCGUGUAUGCAUGGCGGAAUCCCUUAAAUAAACAAAUGAUUAAUUAAUAAAUAUACUCAGUCUCUGCUAGAAAAAAGCUAACCAGAAAUAGUUGACCGAUAAUUCCUUUGGGGGAAUGAGGUCAACUCAGCUGGUAUCUGAAAACCUAGAAAGGAUAAAGAAACAUAUCAUCGCAUUAUUUACUAAAAGAUAGCAUAUAGUGAGACUGUUUCUGCAACAGGCCUGGAAUGAACGCCUUUAUUUUAUUAUACAUUGUUCAAAUAGAUUAACUGAUAAUACUACGAUAGAAAAAGUUUCAAAAAAUAAAAGUGUCAGCUCGAAUAAACGUUUUGACAUUCAAAAUGUUUAAACAUGAAAA